AUGGUGUUUGUCAGGUUCAACUCCAGCCAUGGCUUCCCCGUGGAGGUGGCUUCGGACAGCAGCAUCCUGCAGCUCAAGGAGGUGGUUGCCAAGCGACAGGGAGUUCCAGCUGACCAGUUGCGUGUGAUUUUUGCAGGGAAGGAGCUCGGGAAUGACUUGACACUGCAGAGUUGUGACCUGCCGCAGCAGAGUGUUGUUCAUAUUGUUCAGAGUCCACAGCAGAGCAGUCAGAGAAAGGAUGAAGAUAACCGUGCUGGAGGUAGUCUAAAAGGCUUGAAAAGAGAACCUGAAAGUCUAACUCGUGUGGAUCUCAGCAGCAGCAUCCUCCCGUCUCUCUCUGAAGGGUUAGCUGUUAUUCUGGAUAAUGAAAGCAGAAGCACUUCUCUUCCCUCUGACAAAUCAGGUGCUGCUAAUUACAACAGCUUUUACGUUUUUUGCAAAAGUUUCUGCCACGCCGUGAAACCUGGGAAACUGAGGGUCCGCUGCAGUGACUGUAAGCAGGGGACGCUGACUCUGACAAGGGGUCCAUCUUGCUGGGAGGAUGUGCUGAUUUCAGAGAGAAUUACAGGUGUUUGCCAGUCCCAAAGCUGCAAUGGAACCGUUGCGGAAUUUUACUUUAAAUGUGGAGCGCACCCAACCUCUGCCAGUGAGACAUCUGUGGCUUUGAACCUCAUUACAACAAACAGUCGCUAUAUCACAUGCGUCACAUGCACAGACAUUAGGAGUCCCGUGCUGGUGUUCCAGUGCAUGCAUCGCCAUGUUAUUUGCCUUGACUGUUUCCAUUUGUACUGCGUGACUAUGCUGAACGACCGGCAGUUCACCCACGAUCCUGAGCUUGGUUAUUCCCUCCCUUGUGUAGCUGGCUGUCCAGACUCCUUGAUUAAAGAGCUUCAUCACUUCAGGAUUCUGGGGGAAGAGCAGUACAACCGCUACCAGCGCUAUGGGGCCGAGGAGUGCCUGCUGCAGAUGGGGGGAGUGCUGUGCCCCACUCCCGGCUGCGGAGCCGGCUUGCUUCCUGAACCUGGAGUGAGGAAAAUUGUCUGUGAACCCAACAAUGGAUUUGGCUGUGGGUUUGUGUUCUGCCGUGAAUGUAAAGACGAGUACCAUGAAGGGGAAUGCAGCUCUGUCCUCGGUGCGCAAGGAGCUGUGGCCCGGAAGGGUUAUGUGGUUGAUGAAGAGGCAGCCGCGCGAGCCCGAUGGGAAGAGGCUUCUAAAGAAACAAUCAAGAAAACAACCAAGCCGUGCCCCAGCUGCCACGUUCCAGUGGAAAAAAAUGGGGGCUGCAUGCACAUGAAGUGUCCUCGCCCGCGCUGCAGGUUCGAGUGGUGCUGGAACUGUGGCCUGGAGUGGAACAGGACCUGCAUGGGAGACCACUGGUUCGACUAGCAGCUCCGUGGUGCUGAGGCCGGCCGGCGUCGCAGCUGCUCGAGUUUGCUCUCACAGGG